AUGUCAUCAAGCGGAGAGGAAGGAGGAUGAGGAAGUAGCUGGAGAAGAGAGGACUGGACAUGGAGAUGUAGCUACCAACAGUAACGCACCAGCAGCUGUCAGGCAGCUAGAUAUUAGUAAUAUUUGACAAUGCGAUGGGUAACUGCUGGGCUUACUGUGUCGGCCUCUUCAGGAGAGAAGCCAACAGGAUCCAGAGGGGAGGCGGAUCCAAAUAUUUCCGAAGCAGUACCACAGGGGAACAUUAUACAAUAGAGUUUGAGAAUCUGGUAGAGAGUGAUGAGGGGGAGGGAGAGAGCCCACAGCCCUGCCCGAGACCUAUCAGUGAAGAUGAGAUCAAGCACCUCAGACAGCACCACUACGCUGCAAUCUCAGACAAGCAGAUCCUGAUAGACCAGAAGCUACAAGCUGAGUUAGAGGCACAAGAGGAGAAGUUAAGGCUAGAAGAGGAGGCUAGAAAUGCCGCCCAGCGCGAGGCCGCCAGGCUGGCACGUGAACGAAAAAUGAAGGAGCAGCUGUCUGCCCAGAGGACACGGGGGAAAGCAGAUGGCUCUGGCAGUGAAACUCAGCAAAGAAAACAAACCUCUGGGGAGGAUUUUGAUGUCUACCUCCAGAAUGUAAAAGCCCAGUCUGAGGCUUUCAGGAGCAACAGACUUCCCUCUGACACCAAUGUGGUGACUCCCAACACAGAGUGCAGCUGGGAUUUCACCACUAAGACCCGCUCCACCAAUGAUGACGGGACCUCACUGGACCUAGAGUGGGAGGAUGAGGAAGGAAUCAAUCGAGCUCUUCCAGCCUGGGAGAGGUCUCGGACGGAGGAGGACAUCCUGCGUGCAGCCUUGAGGCCCGGCGGCAAGCAGAUGAACAGUGGCCCAACCUCAGCCUCCGAGGACUCCAACGCGCUCGAGUGGGAGAAUGAUUUUGUGAGUACUCACCCAGAGGACAGUGCAAAUGCUGAAUUUGAAGGGUUUGUCAAUCCCGUCCUAGACACUCCCUCUGAGGACGCCUCGGACUCUGGCCUCAGGUCGGACAACCAGGACAGAUAGUGUCCAGCACCAAAGGAGACGUUUGUCGUGUCCUCUUCAUGUCAAAGCUCACCAGCUUUUUGCCUCAUGAAAUGGAAAUGUACUUUCUUGCUCUUCAUAUUCUGUAAUAUGAGACCGAUGCUGCGGUAAUAUGUUGUGGAUCUCUGCACUACUUUACAUUGUAGUGAUGUUUUUAUCAAAUACUCAUUUUUCAGUGCCUUCAUUUGCUAAAUUAGCUGACCAUUUUAUGCAUUGUAACUGAUCAAUUACACCCAUUACCAUUUGACACAUUUUUCAGUCAGUGCUGAAUUUCAACACACAGUGCCCAGGUGGUCAUAUUUAAACCAAUAUGUUGCCAAGUUACUCUGAGGUGGAACUUUACUGAUGGCAGACUGCUGCUGUAGGAGCUGUGUAUUAUACUCACUGACAGAUAUGGACACAUUUCACAGGUUGUGGGAGGGUGGUCGAGCUGAGUCAUUAAUUAAGGUACACUUCUUAAAUCCCAGUGGGGGGAUUUGUUCUCUGCAUUUGACCCUUCCUAACUAUUUAGCAGCAGUAGACAGUUGCACAACAGUACCUGGGGACCAAUUGCAGUUCUGAGGUCAGCGUCUUUCUCACUGGUAAUAGCAACUGCAUGUAUUUUGGGCCAGGAAGAAACUCACAUAAGCACAGAAAUGACAUCCAAACUUCAGGAAAAAAAAUUCUUCUUGUCUCACCUUUGUUUCAGUUUUGUUCUCCAGAUUUAUUAAUUAAUUGCAUGAUGGUAAAAAAGGAACUAAAUUUCAUGUUAAGGUAAAAGGUAAAAAGGUAAAACUAGACCAAACUGUUUUAAUAAAUCAGUAGAGUAUUACAGCCACUGUUUCAACAUUUGAGCCUGGACCCAGGAUUAUUUCUUCAGUUUCUUAAAUGUUCUUUUGAAUCAUGGGUUGACUGCUCAGCCUGUUUUUCUUUAGGUUUUUGUGUAACAAUGCCCUGAAAUAAGGCAUGUAUUUUGGGUAAUGUUGUCAGUGCAUGCACUUUGACAAGAAGGCUGCACUGACAUCAGCUGCAGUCCUCUGUGAGGUUUUAUACUGUCAGUCCUAAUCUGAUACAGAAUAACACUGUCAAUAUUGGAGCCAAAUGAAAAACAUUGUAACUAUUUUAUGCUAUUUUAAUAGAUCAAUAGAAUGAGUACCUAAUGAGAAAUUCAUUUAACCAGGCUCAAAAAGAAACUUCCGUAUCUGAUUAAAUGUGUCAGUCUCUCAGGACAAACAGCCUCCAGAAAAAUAAAAAUAAAGACGCAUGAAAACACCAUCAUUGUCCUGUUGCAGUAAUAUAUGCUCAGUAGUAUUAUGUGUCUAAAUUUACACAUUUACCAUUAGUCCAUUAGUGAACAUCUGACAACAUGAGACCUUUUGUAAAACAGUGUAAUUAAGCGCAUACAGUGGUUCAUGUUCAUGGGUCCAUUGGUCUGGGUUUAUGACUGGAAUUUUUCAAAGAUCCCCCAACUUCAAAACUGCAUUUCAGUUGUAAUAACCUGGGUUCCCAUAACGCAUAUGGAAUAUAGAAAUACAAAAUCCUCACAUAUAAGAAUCCGCAGUUACCAAUAUUUUGAUAUUGAUACAUAUUUCUACUUCCUAUUCUAAAUCUAAGUAUGUGUCAUAUGUCACAUAUCCAAACAACUGCCUUAAAGCAAAAUUGUUAAGCCGUUAAUGUGGUUAAUUGUUUUGAAAUACUGGCAAAUAAUGGCAGAAUAUACAACACAGGUGGAAUAUAGGAGGAGACAAUCUCUACCCUAUACAAAAAUCUCUCUGUUUACAAGCUUCACAAAAGACACUGCUGAUUUCUGAUUGGUCGGUGGUGCUUGGUGUUGGAAUUUAUUCAAGACGAAUCGUUUUUGAGUGUAAUGUACAUCUGAUAUGAAAUGAAAUCCAAACCAGUUUCUCUGAACUAAAAAAACAUUCCUAAAUCUUAAUAAUGUUAAUGAUGAAAGCAAUAUUUUGUGGGAGUGAGAUCUGAAAUUAGAUGCAAAAAGACCCAAGUUUACCAAACAUGCAAACAUUGUCUCUGUGGCCUAAACAUUGUCGUGUUUGAGGCUAUAAUUGAUCCAGUGCUGCUGUCCAAAGGAAUCUGCUCUGUACAUUAUUGUAGUUCUCGUGCAUCACAUUUUUAUACCCUGACAUUUUGACCCAUCACAUAUGGUUGAGUUGGGACAGUAGUGUUUCACACUGAUUCUCUAAUCUGUUUGAAUCAGAGGUAGCUGACAGAUUGCACUCUAAUGUGUGGACUUUUAAUUUGACAUUCACUGAAAAGAUGCACUUGUGUGAAGAGGAAACUGUGCACUACUGUUUAAGCGUGUAGACGGGACACGGGUUCAUUUGCAGACAUUUUACUAAUUAAUAGUUGAGUGUGUAAUUUAAAAAGAGAAUUGUUUUUAAACACAUUUCAAUAUUAUGUUAUUAUGUUCUGCUGUGGUUACACAGUCUCUGAUUAAUCACUGUAAUUUCGUGUUAAAAAAAACUGUACCUGAACAUUCCUUGUCACACUGAGCCUAAGAAAAAAAAUAAAAUAUAAAAAAAUG